CGCGAGCGGCCCCGUCGCUACACUAAUAAUAACUGGCCGUAAACAAACGAAUGAUUUAAAAAAAAAUAACAAUUUCAUGAAGUGUAUCCGAACGCGAAAAAUAAAAACCUGUCAAAAAGCGCGCGAACUGAAAAUUUUCCUACGUCCGAAAACGUGUUCGUGAAGGCUAAACUCUGAACUGAAGAACCCAGUUAGUAAACGAACGCCGGUCAAAACAGACAUGGUUUCUGAACGCUAGCCACCGCCAUGUUUAAUUUCUUCAAAAAAAAAGGAAAGAGCGAGACAGGGAUAGCCGAUGGCGCGCGGAAACCGCCGACUGUCGAAACAGUUCAAACAGUUGCGCGCGCGCCUCGAUCCGAUGACAUAACGACCGAAAAAUCGAAGGAUGUAGUGAACUUGCUACUCCCAGAAACGGACUACAACCAAAAAUCUGGUGUGGGCGCCAUUUUCAAAAUAAUGGCGGGCAAACGGAAAAGAAACAGGAAGAAAAGGACCGAAUCCUGCCGAGUUAGUCCUCAGAAAGAGACACCGAGUUUGCAGCGUAGCAAGUCUGACGUCGAGGCGCCUACGCCGGACAAAAAUACCCCAGAUUCAGAUUUCGUCAAAGCGUUAGUACUGCAAAAGUACGCUAACAAAGAUAAACACGUGUCGCUUGUCUACGUUAAUGAACCUAAUUUGGACGAGAAAAAACAUGCCGAGGCAUUGCUUCGCGAGAUAGCGAGAAGCAUUGACUGCACUAUAGACAAAAUAAAUGACCAAAUGGGAGGGACUGAUAGCAAAGAGCGAAAUGAACCAGUAUACGAAACGAUUGAAAACAAAGGAAUUGAUAAUUAUAAAAACGAUUUGAAAGACGAAUUAGAUAAAUUAUUGAAAGUCGAGAAUGAGGAUAAGAGAGCUGAAUCCCCGGUUGUGAAGAAAUCGAAUUUGAAACCGCCAAAAUCUGAUACUGAGGGAUGUUCGGACGAUGACAGAUCUGAUUGUGGGAAGAAAAAAGUUACAUUCAGAAAACAUAUAAUUUUCGAUGAUGGAGAACAACAGACAGACGAAGAAGUCGAUUGUUCUUUUGAAUCUCUUUCUUCUGAGGAAGAAGAGGAAGAGUAUUUGGAAGACUCGAUGCCAGACAAUGACGAGUUAUUAGGGGGCUUCGUCGUAUCGAGAAAUGAAGAUAAUAGGACAGUUAUUAAUGUGAAUGAGUGUGAUGAACUGAGAAGGAUUUCAAGUGAUAAUAGUGAUAGUGGAUUUAUAGAGGGAGAUGGAGAAAAGAGUGUAGUUGUAGAAGAUAGUUCAGAGAGUGAAGUGAGUGAGAGUGAGGCGGAAGAGGAGAUUAUUGAAGAAUUAGAAGAAGAAAUAGAAGUAGAGGAAUUCAGUAUAGCAGAGAUCAUCGAGCCUGAUGAUCCGCGGCAUUUCGAUAACACGAAAACCCUGGUGAGCCAGGAGAACAAGUUCCAGACACAAGUUGAUGCCCUGACCGAGCUCGCGGAGACCAGGUGCGAUGAGUCAGAGAGGGCCAGGGAGCUCAUCGCGGCCUAUAGGAAGGAGAUCGAGACGAAGGACCUGGAAAUUGAACAGCUGAAAUGUGAGCUAGCAGCGGCAUACAAAGAGUCGGAGCUGGUCAGACAGAGGAGCAGGUCUCUGGAGGAAGACCUGGCAGCAGCCAGGGGGUGUUCAGCGGACCUGGCCGGGCAGCUGCACGCGCAUGCGCGAACGGAAGAAAUUCUUCGUGAGCUAAGAACAGAGUUAGAAGAUGCGCAGACGCGGCGGGCGGAGCUCGAGUCGAAGGUGCUAGCGUUGGAAAGAGACAAGGAGAGGUUGGAGCAAGAGAAAGGAGUGCAAGAGCUGAAAGCACAAGAGGCUUUAGCAGCAGCUGAAGCGAACACAGCAAAAUGGCGGUCGGCGCACGAGGCGGCGAGGUCGCAGGCGGCGGCGAGGGCGGAGAGGAUGCUUGCGGACUGCGAGUGGAAGAUGAGGGAGCUGGAGAAGAAGGCGAGGGACGCGGAGAAAGAGAAGAAAGAGCUCACAGAAACAGUGGAACAGCUAAAAGCCGCACCGCCUUCCCCGACCCAAAUAGCAGAACUCCACCAGCUGAGGGGUCUGGCCACAGAACAGCAGAGGUCUGUGCAAGCACUAACCCUGCAGCUGCAGAAGGUGGAGACAAGAGAAGAAGCCCUGAAACUGGAAGUCCACAGGCUGAAGGAACUGUUGGAGAAACAGUCGAAUAUUACGAAGGAAAAGGAAGAUGUGCAUUUGAGGACGAUUGAGCGCCUAGAGAAACGUCACGCCGAUCACAUUGAGACCCUAAAGGCUGAACACGUGACGGCUCUGGCGAACUCCCGCGCAACUCUGGAGAGAUCCAACGCUGAGAGAACAAGAGCAGCUCUUGCACAGCUUCGAGCUGAAGCAGAACAGGAGGCUAAGAAUGCAGAUAGGAAAUUAAGAGAAGUUACUACUAGGUUUGAGAAUCUCAAAGAGACCCUGGCCACUAAAGAAGCUCAGUUCGAGCGCGCCAUCGUGGAAGCCCACAGCAAGGCAGACUGGGACAUCAUGCAACUGCGACAUCUUCUGGACAAGGCUGAUAUAAACUACGCUAAUACUGUGGAAUCUAUGACUGAAAAGUUUGAAAAGGAGAAAGAAACUAUAAUAGCCGAGUGGUCAGAGAAAGUACGUGAAGUGGAAGAGCAGGCUGAAACUGCUGCAGAUGAAGCUAAACAGCUACUGGAGGCAACCAGGUCGAAACUUAUUGCUGAGAGGAUUGAGCAAGUCAAUAAGCUGAAGGAACAACAUAGACAAGAGAUGGACGAGCAAUGGGAACAGUUUAUGACUGACAAAGAAAGCUGCCUUGAGCGAAUGAAAUCGGAAUGUAGACAGGAAGGAGAUGAAGAGAGGAUAAAAAGGGAGAAAGAACUAUUGGAGGAAAUUGAAGAGCUGAAGACUCAAAUGCACACGAAAACCGUAGAUUUUGACAAUCUGGCUGUAAAAUGGGCAGCGUGCGGACGAACGUUGGCUGUCACAGAACAAGAACUCAGAGAGGCCUUGGUGAGAGAGAAGGAGUUACGCGAGAAGAGAUCGGAAGACGCGUCGAAGAUCAAGCAGGUGGAGAGGGCGUCCAGGGAUCAGAUCGACCAUUUGAGUAGGAAGUGUUCUUGCUUGAGGAAACUUUUUGACGACAUGCGAGCAAGACUAUCUGCGAGGGAGCAGGCGGCCGCGCAAGAAGCCAAGUCCAAGGAGAAGGAGCUCAUACAAUUGAGGGCUGAAGUGGCCAGGCUCACCAAGAUCCUGGUGGAACAGAGUUCUCCAAAACUCGGCGCUCGAACUCGGGCCGACGGCUGCGAAGACAAAGAGGAGACGGAGACGCAGAAGAGUGACGCGCCUCGGAGGAAGGGCGGUACUCUCCGUACGCCAGAGUUCCCGCGCAAGCGCACUCUACCUGGGCUCCCGGACCUGCUGCUGCCUACCCCGCCCCCCACUCCCAUACAAAUACAAAAUGGCCGUCGGCGCGCGAAGAGCGUCGACCUGCCCGCAGUGCAAGUUCCAGUGAGAAUAAAACAGUUGGAGCAGAAGACGAAGGAAUAAAAAUAUGUUUUGAAAGCGACAAUAAGUUUUUGAAAUGUUAUUUUACUAAAAUAAAUACCCCAAGUAUAAUGUUAUAAAUGUGAAAGUAAGUUUAUUUGGUUGUUUGUUGGCUCAUCACGCGUUAUCUACUGAACCAAACUUCUCGAAAUUUUGCGUGUAUAUAAUUAAAAGUCUGGAGUAGGACAUAGGGUACUCUUAAUCCCGGUUAAAACUGAAGUUCUCGUGUGCUCUGCGAAAAGCCUGUAUUGUUUCAUAGGUGGCGCUAAAUUCGAUUUGCGCGCGAAUCUGCGGGCAAAAGCUUCUAAAAACGCAAAGUUUUUAGUAGCACGAUGAAAUCCCUCAAAUUAAAUACCUCUUUUGACUUUCAUUGAAAAACAGAUAUUUUUUAAAAAUAAUAAAUUUAAAACCUUACCAAGGAUUUUAUGAAUUUUGACAUGCCUGAUCUUAGGACAUCUCUUUCUAUCUUUGAAAUAAAGAAAGAGAGAAUUGUUACCAAAUCAACAAGAAUCAUACUUUUUAUUCUUUAAAUAUUCAAGCGGAGGAUAUUUGUGAAGAGAAAAGGAUAUUAAAGUAUUUAAUAGUGGUCAAGAACACGCUUAUAUUUGUGCAUGUUUUGUUUUACCUAUUUUGUCUAAUGACUUCAUACGGUGCGCUUACCAGCUACGUAGUCUACCAAACCUUUAUACCCUGCGGCCAUCCAAAAAAAUAUCGAAUACACAUAGCAUUUACAUAGAUCCUCUAUGUGUAUAGAUUCUAAGACGUGUGUCUCACUCUAUGAGAUUUUUUUCAUAUGUUACUUGCUCAGGUAAAUUCUAAUACCUCGACUAAUGUAUCUUAUGAUUAUAAUUAAAUAAAUUCAUCUAGUAAGACGUAGACUAUCACAAUAUUCGCCCGCAGCGUGUGUGAAGGUCUCUGUUAGUUCCUUAUGAGGCGAAGACAGGUGGGUACCUACGUAAUCGUGUUAAAUGCUAAGUAAACUUAAAAGUGCAAUAAUUCAACCAAAAAUAUAUAGUAAAUGUGCAAUAAUAACAAUUUUAUUUUUAGCAAAAAAAGUUAAUUUGCAAACGUAUUUAUAUAUAUUCCAAGGAUGAAUAAAGGCGCGUUGUAAUCCAAACCCUAUCUAUAUAACUGAA